CAUUGAUUUAUGUACUGUGUACGAAGGUAUAGAAGCCAUGCCACCAUACUGAAACGACUAUAUCUUUCUAACUGUGUCUCGUCCCAAUUCACUGCAUUUCAGAUCCACCACCCCACACCCAUCUCCUCGUCUUCUCUUUCAUGUCCCACUCCACGGCUACUCCAAAAUCUCACCCGCAACGCCACAACCGUUAGCUUCACUUUCAGGAUCAAUAACCUCCCCUUGGCAAGCCACGCACCGUCAACGACACUUCACCAACCACAGAACUAUCAGCGGUCCGCAGAUAGACAUCGCUCUUCUCGCGCAACGACUCAUUCUAUGAUUCCGGGAAUCUUCAUAAUAAAUACUAUUUCCUCAUCAUUCACGCCGCCAAGAAAACCCGUCGACCAAAGGCCAUUUUGUCAACCCCAUCCUAUCCCCAUCCUCAUCACCAUCUCCUCACCCAUCCAUCCCUCCAUCCGUCACCCCAUCCAACGCACCACUCCCCUCCAAAACACCUUUUCGAAAACCCAAACACCUCCCACACAAACCCUCCAACCCUCCAAUCCUCCAACAAACAGUCCGAUCCAUUCAGCAAGUACCCGCGUCCACCUGCCUCCGCGUCCACCUGCCUCCGCUCCCACCUCCACCUCCCACCUCCACCUCCCACCUCCGCAUAAACGAACCAUAAAUCCUCCCUAUGUACGGAGUAUGAUCGCCGCUCCAAGCCUCAACGACGCCUCCGACGUUAAUGCGAACCAGGGUGUGUGCUGUGGAAAAAAGCCCUACAUGGUACGCGCGUCAACCGACGGCGUGUCGCAGAAUUUGAGGGUCCCGGUUUCAAGCGACUGGGAAGAGAUUUGCUUGUCUAGACGGGGAGUUUGAGUGUCUCGGACGAUCGGUGAGAUGAUUGCGAGGUUUGCAAAGCUAAGCGCAACGUGCAGAGCAGAAGCAAAGACAUGCUUCCCUAAUAAUCGUCACGAGAUGACAAGAAAUACACGAUUGUAGAUACUUUUUUUGUGUAUGAUACUUGUCCGGAAUCUGCAGCAUUGGAGGCUUUUCC